AUGGAAUAUGUCAAAAAAAGAAGGAAAAAGCUUGAAAAAAAAAAUAUCAAAGUUAAACCACCAGAACAACAACAAUACGUUACUAAUGAUAAGGAUGUUAAUAAAUCAUCUCUUGAUGAAUUAGCUAGUCUUGAUUAUGAUGAAGAAUUUCCAAGCGUGGAGGAAUUACAAAUAACUAGAGUUAUUGGUGUUCAUAGGACAUGGAUUGUUAUUUAUCAAUCGUCCACUUAUUUAAUGAUGUUUUUCACAACCAAAAUUAUUCGGCCUGAGUUUUCUAGGAAACCUUUUAUCUUCUAUUUAUUUUAUCUUUUAUUUGGUCUCAUCCCUACAGCAACAGAAGCAAUUACUAACAGGAUGUUUGACUUUCCGGUUUAUGACUCAGUGAAUGGAUUGAAAUGUAGUGUUUCUGAAUACAAGGAACAAAAAGUAUUUGGCACCUUUGGUUCUCAAUUAGGGACGUUUAUACCUAUUGCAUUCCUUAUUUUUACUGUAGCAGUUUACGGUACAAAAUCUGUGUUUGGCUAUAUGAAAACCUGCCUUAUUGAUGAUGUUGUUAUUCUCACGUCUUCUUUGGUGCCCAUGCUUUCAUGGUACAUUUUCGGUAAACCACUCUGGUAUAAUCUAAUUAAGAAGGAUACAGAUGAUUUAUAUAAGAUAACGGAAGAUUUUGUAAACAUUUAUGGAAAGAAUCUAAGUGCAAUCAACAAGGCUGAAUUUCUUGACAGGAUUAAUGAUAUUAAUGAAAACUUUAAUAAGGAGGUGGUUAAUAUUUUAAUAAUUACAGUAGUGAUCAUUAUUUGGAUUUAUUUAAUUCACUCUAUUGUACUCUUGUUUUAUACUUAUUCGGAAACUAAAUACUUUUAUGAUCAAUUUGAUGUAAAUGAUGAGCUUUAUACAAAUGAAAAUGGAACUGAGCUUUAUUAUGCUAAUUAUGAGGAUGAUAAUUCCAAGACAGGUCCUAUUAUUAGCACAAUUUUCAAUUCUUUACUUGUCACCAUUUUGACUCGUUCAAUUGCAUCAUUCUUUUCUAGCCAGGGAAUAGUCAAAGUCGAAGAUAUUGAUAAACAUUAUUAUAAAAAUUAUCGACAUGCAGUUUUUGCAAAAAUGAACGCUGAAAAUAUUCAACAUUUCAACCAUUUUUAUAAGAGUGAUUUCUACGACAAAGAUGACACUUUGGAGGGGAGAGAGUUGAAAAGGUAUAAAGUCGAUUCUGUAGACGGAUAUGUUUAUGUUACGGAGGAACCUGAUUCCGAGAAACCUGAUUCCAAGGAACCUUUAUACUAUUAUGUUUUGACUAAUAAUAAAUCUGUAUAUUUUCGUGUGCUUAAAAUGGUAUCGGAAGAUGAGGACAAUGGCAGUUGGAGUUGGAAAUCAUUAUUAUUAUUAUUUAAAAACAAGGAGGAAGAACGCAUUAAAAGGCAAGUCAAGAAAGCGAUACGUAAACUUAUAAAGGAAGACAAGGAGACGGAAGUUGACAAGAAAGUCAAAAGUUGCGUGAAACAUUAUUGUGAAGGAGUCAAACAAAAAGAAGAUACAUUUAUUCUAAAAGUGGAUCAGGAACUAAAAAAAAAGGAAAUGAGUAGGCUUAUUACAGAUGUCCUAAAAAAAAAUAACAUUCCUGUAAAAGAGGAAGAAGAUGAUGACAUGAUUGACAAAAAUAAAGAUUGGAAAAUCGAAGGUUACGUGCUGGUCAAUGUGCUUCAAACAGGAUUUCUUAAUUAUAUUUUUUACUCUCAUCGUGUUUCUGAAAAAAAUAAACCUAUUUCUAAGGUUGACAACAAACCUACUCCUGAAGAAGAUAUUGAAGAUGAUAUUAAAGAUGAUAUAGUUUAA